ACCGCCCAAACCUAAGCAUACUACACAAAAUAUUUGUAUUAUAGUUGCACACACCAUUCCAAUCUUGAAGCAAAAAACAAGCACCAAGUGUCAUAUAGAACUCUCUUCUUCAACCUCAAAACAUUUAAGCAUAAAAGAAACACCCCCCCCCCCCCCCCCCCUACACACACACACAGAGCACCUAAUUCUCACCACCCACAACUCCUACUACUCAAUUUUGUUAUGUUUUGUCACAAAGUUUGAAUCUUUUUAUCUAUUUUGAUCAAUUCUUGAAGAAUCUUGAAGUGGGUAUUUUGUUUCCUCAUCUGGGUCAUCUCAAAUCCUGUUAAAAUGUACAAAAAAUGGGUCUUUUUAGGUUCUAAGAUGGAUAUUGAAGGCAGAAACCAAAAAGGUCAUCCAAUUAAGAAAGAAUCAUGGAGGACAGUGAUGAGUUUAGCUUAUCAAAGUUUAGGAAUUGUUUAUGGUGAUUUAAGCACUUCACCUUUGUAUGUAUACAAAAGUGCUUUUGCAGAAGACAUACAACAUUCAGAGUCUAAUGAAGAGAUAUAUGGUGUUUUAUCUUUUGUCUUCUGGACAUUAACUUUAAUCCCACUUCUAAAAUAUGUGUUUAUAGUUCUUAGAGCUGAUGACAAUGGUGAGGGGGGUACUUUUGCUUUGUAUACAUUGUUAUGUCGUCAUGCUCGCGUCAGCACUUUGCCCAAUGGGCAGCUUGCUGAUGAAGAGCUUUAUGAGUAUAGAAAAGAUGAAAUCAGUUCUGGUUAUAGGGAUUUUGGGUUCAGUUUGAAAUCAGUUUUGGAGAAAUAUAAAAUCUUGCAGAAAGUUUUGCUUGUUUUGGCUUUGCUUGGUACUUGUAUGGUCAUUGGUGAUGGCGUUCUUACUCCGGCUAUCUCGGUUUUCUCUGCUGUUUCUGGGCUUGAGCUUUCUAUGUCAAGAGAGCACCAUCAAUAUGUGGAAGUCCCGGUUGCUUGCGUCAUAUUGGUGCUCCUGUUUUGCCUCCAACAUUACGGGACCCACCGUGUAGGGUUCUUGUUUGCACCUAUCGUGAUCAUGUGGCUUCUGUGCAUCAGCGCCAUCGGAGUUUACAACAUUUUUUACUGGAACCCACAAGUUUUUCAAGCGUUAUCGCCUUAUUACAUGUACAAGUUUCUUAAGAAGACAAAAAUAGGAGGAUGGAUGUCGUUGGGUGGGAUCUUGUUGUGUAUAACAGGCUCAGAGGCCAUGUAUGCUGAUCUUGGUCAUUUCUCACAGUUAUCUAUCAAGAUGGCUUUUACGUUUGUGGUUUACCCAUCCUUGAUUCUUGCUUACAUGGGCCAAGCCGCGUAUCUUUCAAAGCAUCACAUUCUUGAAACCGACUACCGCAUCGGUUUCUACGUAUCCGUUCCCGAAAAGUUAAGAUGGCCGGUUCUUGGAAUCGCGAUACUUGCUGCGGUUGUCGGAAGCCAAGCGAUCAUCACCGGAACGUUUUCUAUUAUCAAACAGUGUUCGGCAUUGGGUUGUUUCCCGAGGGUCAAAAUAAUCCACACGUCGCCUACUAAUAAGCACGGUCAAAUAUACAUUCCCGAGAUCAAUUGGACUUUGAUGCUCCUAUGUUUAGCCGUCACAAUCGGUUUUCGUGACACCAAACAUAUAAGCAAUGCAGCAGGUUUGGCGGUUAUCACGGUUAUGUUGGUCACGACCUGCUUAAUGUCGCUUGUAAUGGUUUUAUGCUGGCAAAAAAGUGUAUUCUUGGCUAUCGGGUUCAUGUUCUUCUUUGGUUCGAUAGAAAUGCUGUACUUCUCGGCAUCCUUGAUAAAGUUUCGCGAAGGUGCGUGGGUCCCGGUCGUCCUCUCAUGCAUCUUUCUAGUCAUCAUGUUUGUGUGGCACUAUGGAACGAUAAAAAAGUACGAGUUCGAUGUUCAAAACAAAGUUUCAAUCAAUUGGCUCCUCAGCUUGGGCCCUACUCUCGGCAUCAUGCGGGUCCGUGGGAUCGGACUCAUACACACCGAGCUCGUUUCGGGGAUCCCCGCCAUUUUCUCACAUUUCGUCACAAACCUCCCAGCGUUUCACCAAGUUGUCGUAUUCCUCUGUGUGAAGUCGGUCCCCGUGCCUCACGUAAGGCCCGAGGAGCGGUUUCUAGUCGGAAGGAUCGGCCCGAAGGAAUACAGACUGUAUCGGUGCAUAGCAAGAUACGGGUACCGUGAUGUCAACAUGGACGAUGUUGAGUUCGAGAAAGAUCUCAUUUGCUGCGUAGCCGAGUUCAUUCGUACGGAACGUGCCAAUGCUUCCGACGGUAACGGCGCUAAUGAUGUGCCCGAAGACUCUGAUAACGACGGGAAGAUGUCGGUUGUGGGGACCGCUUCCACCAACGUAGAAGGGAGUAUACAGAUAUGUGACGACGAAAACGGGCUUUCAACUGAACAUAAAGAGAUAACAGUUGCGGUUACAUCACCCGUUCCGAGAAAGCGGGUGAGGUUUGUCGUGCCCGAGAGCCCGCAAAUGGAAAGAGGUGUGAGAGAAGAGUUGCGGGAACUUAUGGAGGCCCGAGAAGCCGGGAUAGCUUUUAUUCGGGGACAUUGUUACGUAAAGGCGAAAAGCGGGUCGGGUUUGAUGAAAAGGUUUGUGAUAAAUUUUGGGUAUGAUCUUUUAAGAAGGAAUUCUAGAGGCCCAACAAAUGGCUUGAGCUUCCCUCAAGCAUCUACCCUAGAGGUUGGGAUGGUGUACCAAGUUUGAUUAUUCGUUUGUCAUAAUAAUCUAUUGGGCUUUUAAUGGCCCACAAAGAGGCCCAACAAAUGCAUGUAAUUAACUGUCACUUUUGUUGUAUAUCAUAAGAAAAACGUUGGUGGGCUUGUAGCCUUCUACAUGUCAACAAUAA